UGGACGCAGCUCCCGCCAUGGCCGGCAGCGCAGCAGCAGGCCCGGAGCGCGCGCCCGCCAGCGCCACGGGCGCGCGGCGGUCUUCAGCGGAUGUCAUGGACCUGGAUGAAGUUCUACCACAAGUGGGCGAGUUUGGACUUUAUCAGAAACUUCUCCUAUGGUUGGUGUGCCUGCCAGCAUGUAUUCCCUGUGGCUUCUCUGCUUUCAACCAGCUGUUCAUGGCACAUGUUCCUGAUCACUGGUGUCGUCCACCUGUUGCACUUCAAGAACUUUCAUCACAUACUGCCCGUGCACUAAGCUCACCACUUGAGGGCAACUCAAACAACACAUUUGAAAAAUGUAUUCGCUAUGCUGUUAAUUGGACAGAGCUGCUUACGCAGUAUUCUCCAGAUGAAAUCAUGCCAAAUUUGAGCUGGCCAGUGGAAGAGUGUAAAGAUGGCUGGGAGUAUAAUACAACAGAGAUCUCUUCGUCUGUUGUAAUUGAUUUUAAUCUGGUGUGUCAUCAUGCAAUAUAUCCCACAAUUGCUUUAUCUGCAUUGAAUAUGGGUGCACCAAUAGGUGUGUACAUGUUUGGCAUGAUUAACGACAGAGUGGGAAGACGGAUAUCCUUCUUCUGUUGUUUGACAACAAUGCUGAUUGGAGGCUUCAUGACAGCAGCAGCUAAAGACUUCUGGACAUGGAUGACAAGCAGAAUCAUAGUGGGACUAGCAGUGCCAGCCAUUUACCAGAUACCAUUCAUAAUAUCACUCGAGCUGGUUGGACCAAAUUACCGAUCAUUUGUAACUGUGAUGACGUGUAUGUUCUACACACUUGGACUUGUAAUGCUUGCUGGAGUGACGUAUUUAGUGAGGGAUUGGGUUCAUUUAGCUCUUGCUACAACUCUGCCAUUCCUCUUAUAUUAUGUGUACUGGUUUUUUCUUCCAGAAAGCCCUAGAUGGCUUCUUGCAAAAGGACAAUUUGAGGAAGGAUCAAAAAUUCUUCAUACACUGGCAAGAAUCAAUAAAAAAGAACUACCCUCUACAUUUACAGAGAAACUAAAGCAACGCAUGACUUUAAAACGUUCACUCAGUGAAGAGAAACGUUUACAUGAGACUCCAGGUGUUAUGGCUCUGUGCAGGACGCCAAACAUGCGACUCAAGACUGCAUUAAUUACACUGAAUUGGUUUUCAAAUGAGCUAGUGUAUGUGGGACUGAGUUAUUAUGGUCCAUCUCUUGGAAGUAAUGAAUACACAAGCUUCCUCUUGUCAUCACUGGUUGAGAUACCCAGCUAUUUGGCGUGCUGGGUUGUUAUGGAUCACUGGGGCCGCAGGUGGCCAUUGUGCAUCAGCAUGAUUGUUAGUGGAGUGAGUUGCAUUGUUACAGUGCUCCUGCCCACAGAUGCUGUAAAUACUACUUUGGCACUCUACUUAAUUUCAAAAUUUGCCAUUUCUGCCUCAUUUUUAAUAAUAUAUCCAUUUGCUGGUGAGCUUUAUCCAACACAGCUAAGAGGCAUAGGGAUUGGUACAUCAGCAUACAUUGGUGGACUUGGGCUAAUCAUUAUCCCUUUCAUCACUUAUCUGGGUUCAGAAAACUUAGUACUACCACUUGUAAUUAUGGGAGCUAUAUCAGUAAUUGGAGGACUGUCUGGACUGAGACUUCCAGAGACAUUACAUCACCGACUGCCACAGACUGUUGAAGAAGGUGAAGAAUUUGGGAAAGACUGGUCUUUCAAGGAUUGUAUUCGUUGCAUACCUGAGAGGCCAUCAUCUAUAGCAACAUCAUAUGAAGAUCUCGAACCACAUGAAACUGUGGAACUACCCGUUAUGCCACAAGAAUUAAUGCAGCCUCCAAGUGAAGCAACACCACUGGAGCGAAGAGAAACUAGACGCUUCUCUAAUAGGACUCCAAGACUAGUUCGUCAGUCAAGUGUUAUGGAAACUCCAGUGGAUUCAUCAGGUGUUAUGCAAAUGACUUACUGGUUCUAGAAUGUUAUGACACGUGAACCCACCCUUAUUUGUGUUCAGGUUGACAGUUCCGUUUUGCAUAACGUAAAAAAGUUGGGAAAUUUGUAGUAUAGGUUGACAUUUCUUCUGUGAAAAAGAAACUGCUGCCCUGGAUUUUUAUAUAUGAAAAUAAUUUUUUUUAUAUUUCUUUGACAUGUAUUUGGUAAAUAAUGCUGACAAAAAAUAACUCAGCAAAUAUUCAAAAUAUUUCCGUCUUUUUAUGUAUUCUGGAAAGAAAAAUGAUUAUAUAUUGCUGCUAAAUUAGUUCAUUUGCGUGAGAAUUGUUGCUAUGUGAAAAACAAUUCAUAAAUUCAGGUUUUUAUUUAGAAUUGUGAAUACUGUACUAAUAAUACAAAGAACAUGGAAAUAUUAUAUAAGGGCAGGCAUAAUGGCAAUGGAGGGGUGUAGCAACAGUAGCUACAGUAAGAAUGUUCUGGACUAUAAACAAGUGAAUGAAAUAGUGAUGGGUAGCUUCAAUCAAACAUAUUAUAUGUUUUUACUUCUUGCAGCUUUAUACAUUGACGUCAGAAGUGAAAAAAUAAAAAUGAGUGUAUAUUCCAUAAGCAUACUUCUUCUCCAUUGCAAUUAUCAGGACAGGCAUGUGUAACUUUAAAAAAAUGUAACAUAUGUAUUGAAAUAAUACAGAAAGAACAGCGGUCCCAGCAACAUGAAGAUUUCUAGAGGUAAAAUACUGCUUAAAACAUGGAAAAAGCAAUGAAGUUUAAAUGUAUCAUUCUGGUAAUAACAUUGCACUUCCUUUCAUAUCUGUGGCAAAUAUAUUUGUGUGUGUCAUACUGUGAGCAGCUGUUGGAACACAAUCCACAUUAUUACGUAAUUAAUGAUCUAUGUUGAUUGAAAAGAAUUAAUUUAUGAUUUUAUGUGCACAUUUUUAAAGAUGUAGUCUUCUACGCUCAGGAGGAUAUAUCCAUGUUAGUGUUGAUACUGACAUUGUUAAUGUUUAUGCACCAACAUGGGUUGCCUUUUUUGAUUUUCAGACAAGUAACACACAAUAGGCAUUACACAUUUUUGUUUUAUGUGUAUUUUUAUUAUUAGAUUACAAAUAAUGAUAUUUUAAACCUGGCAACUAUAUAGCAUAAUGGUCAAAAUUUUUCAUUAACAGUGAUUACUAAUUGAACAAAAUAACAGAACACUUCCUUCACAUCUCAUUACUCAAUUUAAAUGCUGAAUUUAUCAAAUUUUACAUCUUAUGUAUAAUGCAGUGUGCUCACUUCAUGAACUCUGAACCAAAGAUGAUACAACUUGCUGGCCUGCUAUAUGUGUGCACCCAAAGAUACACACACCACAAAGUCAUUGAUUGCAUUGAUACCAUUAGAUUUUAAAUAUGAAUUUGUAGUACUCCCUUUCUGCUUCAAGGAAUACUUAAAAUUGUUUCCUCCCUGCUGUAAGAUAUGUGUCACAGCCAUUGUUCAGUGUAAUGACCCUUUCUUCAACUUAUUAUAACCAAUUAAAUUAAUUGUGUGUCUUAGUACAGCCUUCAGUAGAAUGAGGAUUAGUUUGGUAUAGUUUUGUAAACCUUACCAUUUAGAUUUACCCAAAUGCAUAAGUCACAAUAACUAAGAUCAAAGGACUUGAGGGCCAUAAAUAUCAUAUGCCUAUCUAAUCAUAAAAAGAAAUCUAUUAGCAAUCAGGAAUGGUACAGUAGUAUACACUGUAAUAUUGUCUUCAUGAAAAUAUUUUUUCUCAUCUGUUUGUUA